AUGCUUGGCUGGAACGUUUAUUACAGCACUGUCACAUGCACUGAAGACUGCCAGAUUUUGCAGUUAGAUACCGGUGACUGUUUCCACAUCCUCCAGACACGCUCCAAACGGAAGAUGAGCUACUUCCUCAGGCUGGCCCGCGACAAGGUGUCCGUGUUGCUCGAACGCUGGCCUGAACCUUGCCCAGUCCGCCUCUUGUCGAUAGCGCAACGGGAACUGAACAGAAUGCUGACGCCAACGCCAGAGGCCCGAACGGAAACCGGCGCGACGCGACGAAAGCAGUUCGUAUCAGAGUCUGCUCCCCCGACAAUGUUUCCCGUCCUGUCAUUGACGUCGGCCGUGAACAAAGAGAAGAUAGAAAAGCCGGAAGAUUCCAGCGACCUCGACCUUUUGACCAACGAAAUAUUCUUACGGACAUUUCGUUACAGCGUUUCCAUGAUGAAGGAGAAGAAUAAAGAUAAGAAACGGAAGAGAGAAACGAUGUUUAGCCGCGCAAAGAAUAUGGGUAAAACGCCGAUAAUAGCGUCAAAAGGAUUGAAGAAGUUAGCGAAACGCGAAACCAUGUCUCUUAACGAAAGUCAGCAGAGAGAACUAACCAUAUUAGAAGCCCGAAUAUUGGCGUGGUACAAUGAAAUGGAAGAAGAGAUGAACAUUCCUGCCGACAAAUGUGUACCCAAAUUGCACAUCGCGGAAGCUUUUGUAAGUUAA